CCGAACUAAUGUUUUCAUUUGCCGUGUGGUCGAAAUGCAGCGUGCGGUCACACUCACAUUAUAAUAUAAUCGCCGGCAACAACACAAAAUAAACACAUCUUUGCCCAAAUAAAUUCGUAAACAUUCAUAUAUUGAAUAGAAAAUGGCGCAAACAGAACCAGAAGCAAAGCGCGUCAAAUUGGAAACGAAACCGAAAACGCUCUUGGAAGACGAUGAAACGCCAUCGGUGUUCAAUCCCAAGUACCGUGUGUGCCCGUAUCUGGACACCAUCAACCGGAAUCUACUCGAUUUUGACUUUGAGAAACUCUGCUCCAUCUCGCUGACGCGCAUAAACGUUUACGCCUGCCUCGUGUGUGGCAAGUACUUCCAGGGGCGUGGCACCAACACACACGCCUACACACACUCGGUGGGCGAGGCGCAUCAUGUGUUCCUCAAUCUGCAUACGCUGCGCUUCUACUGUCUGCCCGACAAUUAUGAAAUCAUUGAUUCAUCCCUGGAUGACAUUAAAUACGUGCUGAAUCCCACCUUUCUGCGCAAUGAGAUCAACAAACUGGAUCAAAUCCAGCCCAAGCAUUCACGCACAGUUGAUGGUGUACUCUAUUUGCCCGGUGUCGUGGGCCUAAACAACAUCAAAGCAAAUGACUACUGCAAUGUGGUGCUUCAUGCCUUGUCCCAUGUGAGUCCGUUGCGGGAUUACUUUCUCCGAGAGCAGAGCUAUGCUAGCAUUAAGCGACCACCGGGCGAUUCCAUGUUCACGCUGGUGCAACGCUUUGGGGAACUAAUGCGAAAGAUGUGGAAUCCUCGCAAUUUCAAGGCGCACGUUUCGCCCCAUGAAAUGCUCCAAGCAGUCGUGCUGUGGUCAAGCAAACGUUUCCAGAUCACCGAACAAGGAGAUCCCAUUGAUUUCCUCUCAUGGUUUCUGAACACACUGCACCGUGCACUCAAGGGCAACAAGCAGCCGAACUCGUCAAUUUUGUACAAGAUCUUCUUGGGUGAAAUGAAGAUCUAUACACGGAAAAUUCCGCCCGUCGAAUUGGAUGAUGCAGCCAAGCAGCAGUUGCUCGCCACAGAUGAGUACAAGCAUCAGGUGGAACACACAAAUUUCAUUUAUCUAACCUGCGAUUUGCCGCCGCCGCCGCUGUUUACGGACGAAUUCCGGGAGAACAUCAUACCGCAGGUGAAUCUCUAUCAGCUGUUGGGCAAAUUCAAUGGCAGCGCCGAGAAAGAGUACAAAACAUAUAAGGAUAAUUUUAUGAAGCGUUUCGAGAUCACACGACUGCCACAAUUUAUCAUAUUGUAUAUCAAGCGCUUCACCAAGAACACAUUCUUUCUGGAGAAGAAUCCGACCAUUGUCAACUUUCCAAUCAAAAAUGUGGACUUUGGCGACAUACUGGGCAUGAAGCAGCGCGACAAAUCGCUCAACGACACCAAAUACAAUCUGGUUGCUAACAUUGUGCACGACGGCGACCCCAAGAAGGGCACCUAUCGUGUCCACAUUCUGCACAAGGCGAAUGGGCAAUGGUACGAGAUGCAGGAUCUGCAUGUUACAGAAAUUUUGCCACAGAUGAUUACGCUAACCGAGUCCUACAUACAGAUCUAUGAGCGCAGUGCGGAUCCCUAAUCUUAAUUACAAUCUAUCUAGUAUAUACUAUAUGUAUAUAGUUAUAGUAAUUUCGUAUUUGUAUAAAAAUUAUAUAAAGCAACAUUUUCGGUUUGUCAUUCAA